UCACCGUUUUUUGCUAUCUAGCUUGACGAGAGUACAGACAUAGCACAAUGCUCUCAUUUGCUUGUAUAUGUUCGUUACAUUGAAAAUGAAAAAAUGAAGGAUGAACUGAUGUUUUCUACUGAGCUGUUGACCACUACUAAAGCUGUAGAUGUGAUGGAAGCAGUAUCAGACUUUUUUAAGAAACACGAACUUUCUUGGCAAAAACUUAUUGGUGUAUGCACAGAUGGUGCUCCUUCAAUGCUGGGUUCUCGUUCAGGCUUUGUGCAGUUGGUCAAAGAGAAGAAUGCUGAUGUGGUUGGGAUUCAUUGUUUUAUUCACCGCCAAGCCUUGGCAGCAAAAACUCUUCCUAACGAACUCAAUGCUGUUUUAAAGCUUUGUAUUAAAGUAGUCAACUACGUUAAGAACAGUGCAUUAAAUACUCGACUGUUUAAAAUUCUGUGUGAAGAUUUAGGAAGUGAUCACAAAACGCUGCUAUUUCAUACAGAAGUACGAUGGCUAUCAAAAGGCAAUUUGUUGGGAAGACUAUUUGAACUCCGUGAUGAAGUGAUAACGUUUUUGGCACAGCAGAAACAAAACGAGCUUAGUGCAGAGUUCAAAAAACCCUGGAACCAAGUGAUUUUGGCCUAUUUAUCAGACUUUUUUGACACGUUAAAUAACCUAAACUUGAGACUGCAAGGUGCAGACUCAAAAAUAGUAACACAUCGGGAUGCCAUCAAGAUGUACGUUGAGAAACUACAACUUUGGAUACGUAAAGUGUCAAUGAACCCCAGCAACUAUUCAAGUUUCAGCAAAGUAGUGUCAGUCUCAGAAGAAGUAUGUUUUGAGGACGUUUUUGAAGGACCGCUUUUGAAAAACUUGAUAAUUGACCAUUUGAAGAACCUCAAGGAUGAGUUCAGCAGGUACUUUCCUAACUUGUCAGAGGAGUUGUACAAACUAUCAACUGACCCGUUCAACAUGGACAUACAGUUGCUGCCAGAAGAGUUGCAAGAGGAGGGAAUAGAAAUAAAAAAUGACUCUGCUGCAAGAUACGAUUUUGACAAAAUGGACAAGCCCUCAUUUUGGUGA